AUGAACACCACAGGUGUAUUUGUGCUUCUAAGCCUGUCCCUCUUCUGCCUUUUUUCAGAUGUGGCUGCCCAACGCGUGAUGCAGAUUGAUUGUAGUCAAUACAUGGAUGAUUCAAUCUGCUCCAGAGAGGGAGAACCUAUCUGUGGAACAGAUGAUCAGACUUAUGGAAACCGGUGUGCUUUUUGCAAGGCCACUAGGGGAAAGGGAAAUCUUGCUGUUCGUCACAUGGGGGAGUGCAGAGGGAAAACUGGCAUGCGCAGCUGA